AAAAAUUACCAUUCAACACCGCCUUUCUUACUUCUCUCUCUGAAAAACCCUAAUCACGCAUCAGCAAUGGCCUCCAAAUCCCUCUUCCUCCUCCUUAUCUCGCUCUCCUCCUGCGUCUCCAUCGCCUUCUCGGGAAACCCAAGCCCGUCUCCUCCUGGCGGGAGCAACGGGACGUCGCUGCUCUGCAUCCAGAAGCUGAUGCCGUGCACGCCGUACCUGAAGCCGUCGCCCUCGGCGCCUCCGGCCUCAUGCUGCAUCCCGAUGAAGGAGGUGGUGGCGAACGAGGCCCAGUGCCUCUGCCAGGUCUUCAACAACGCAGACAUCCUCAAGAGCUUCAACGUCACCCAGGACGAGGCAAUGGCGCUUGCCAAGGCGUGCGGCGCCAAUGCCGACGUCUCCGAGUGCAAGACAGGAGGAGCUCCAUCAAGUUCGCCAGCAGCAACAUCUCCAUCCCAUUCUCAUGGAGCUGCAUCAAGCAACUCAAGUGGAUCACCCGAGAGUGCUAAGGAUGGUGCAAACGAAGUGACCCCUUACCUUUUCAGAUUAGGAACAUUAGUUGCAGUUUCCGCGAUCUUCUUAAUUUCAGGCAUUGUAGGAUUUGGGGAUUAGGUUUAUGUCUGGUUUUAAUUCGGUGACUUUGGUAAAAACUCCAUCUAUCUUAUCACUUUAGUGAGGUGCUUGAGGUCUCGACACACCUGUUUAUCCGUCUUAGUUAUCAACUUUUGCUGCUGCUUUGAGUUUUCAACUUCAUUUUCCACAUCACAUUCAUCAAUGUAUUGAUCUCUUGAU